AAUUCACCCACGGCAACCAGCGAUAAGGAGGUUUUUUUCUACUUUUAUAACAACACACAAAACCCACAAGACGGCAGACAACAGCCAAGAGAUGACCGAACUGCGCAACGACAUGGACAGCGAUCUGGACCAGAACUACUCGCUGAACAGUAACGCAGAUCCCAAGAACAUGCAGGAGCUGACCAUUUACGUGCAAAAUCUGUUGCAGAAUGUGCAGGACAAGUUCCAGACGAUGUCGGAUCAGAUAAUUACACGCAUCGACGACAUGGGCAAUCGCAUUGAUGAUCUGGAGAAGAGCAUUGCGGAUCUGAUGAAUCAGGCUGGGAUUGAGGGGCAGAUCCCGGAGAAAUGAGACGACCAAAGCUAGGCGUGGCCAACGCCCACUCCCUAUCAUGCUUGUCACCCGGCCACGCCCAUAUCAAAUACAUCGAAGAACGGCACA